AUGCUAGCUUUGCAGUCACCAGCUGUGGCAAUUGCUCUGUGCCUCAGUUUCUUCAUCUGUAAUUGGGGUUAAUAACAGUAUCUGCCUCAUGGUGGGUGUGUGGAUUAAGCGAUAUAUUGCAUAAAGAAGACUAAGCACAAAGCCAGGCAUGUGGCUAGGCCAGAGAGCCAGCUCCCUUCUCUGAAGAAGGGAUCAGAAGGACCCUGCAGUUGCCAUUGGGCAGCCAUCCAUGGGAACGAGUGGACUGAGCUUUGCCCUCUCUGAGGUGGAGGGUAGGGUGCGAAGGUGCUGAAGGACAAAGUAGACAAAGCCCCUUUCUGUCUCCCAGGAUCCCCUUGAUUAUUCUGGCUGCUGUGUGGAUCUUGGAUUAUGAGGGAGCCACAGCAGAAUCUGGAAGAUGAAUGAGGAGUCCUGCAAGAGAUGAGACUGGCUUGGACCAGUAUGGUAGCAGUAGAGAUAGGGGAAAGAUGGAAGAGAAGAGGCGAAAGUACUCCAUCAGCAGCGACAACUCUGACACCACCGACAGUCACGCUACAUCUGCAUCAAGAUGCUCCAAACUGCCCAGCAGCACCAAAUCAGGCUGGCCCCGGCAGAACGAAAAGAAACCCUCAGAGGUUUUCCGAACAGACUUGAUCACAGCCAUGAAGAUUCCAGACUCAUACCAGCUCAGCCCGGAUGACUACUAUAUCCUAGCAGACCCAUGGCGACAGGAAUGGGAGAAAGGUGUGCAGGUGCCCGCCGGGGCAGAGGCCAUUCCAGAGCCCGUGGUGAGGAUUCUUCCACCAUUGGAAGGCCCCCCUACCCAGGUGUCCCCUAGCGGCUCCGAACUUGGUGAGGGCUCCCAGCCUGAUUGGCCAGGGGGCAGCCGCUAUGACCUGGACGAGAUUGACGCCUACUGGCUGGAACUCAUCAACUCGGAGCUCAGGGAGAUGGAGAGGCCAGAGCUGGAUGAACUGACGCUCGAGCGCGUACUGGAGGAGCUGGAGACUCUGUGCCACCAGAACAUGGCGCGGGCCAUCGAGACGCAGGAGGGGCUGGGCAUCGAGUAUGAUGAGGAUGUCGUCUGUGACGUGUGCCGCUCUCCCGAGGGUGAAGAUGGCAACGAGAUGGUCUUCUGCGACAAAUGCAACGUCUGCGUGCACCAGGCAUGCUACGGGAUCCUCAAGGUGCCCACAGGCAGCUGGUUGUGCCGGACGUGUGCCCUGGGUGUCCAGCCGAAGUGCCUGCUCUGCCCCAAGCGAGGAGGAGCCUUGAAGCCCACUAGAAGUGGGACCAAGUGGGUGCACGUCAGCUGCGCUCUGUGGAUUCCUGAGGUCAGCAUCGGGUGCCCCGAGAAGAUGGAGCCCAUCACCAAGAUCUCGCAUAUCCCAGCCAGCCGCUGGGCUCUGUCCUGCAGCCUCUGCAAGGAGUGCACGGGCACCUGCAUCCAGUGUUCCAUGCCUUCCUGCGUCACGGCAUUCCACGUCACAUGCGCCUUUGACCACAGCCUGGAAAUGAGGACUAUAUUAGCAGACAACGACGAGGUCAAGUUCAAGUCGUUCUGCCAGGAGCACAGUGAUGGGGGCCCACGGGGUGAAACCACGUCCGAACCCGUGGAGCCCAGCCCAGCCAGCGAGGACCUGGAGAAGGUGACCCUACGCAAGCAACGGCUGCAGCAGCUGGAGGAAGACUUCUAUGAGCUGGUGGAGCCAGCCGAGGUGGCUGAGCGCCUGGACCUGGCUGAGGCGCUGGUCGACUUCAUCUACCAGUACUGGAAGCUGAAGAGGAAAGCCAACGCCAACCAGCCACUGCUGACGCCCAAGACCGACGAGGUGGACAACCUGGCCCAGCAGGAGCAGGACGUCCUCUACCGCCGCCUGAAGCUCUUCACGCACCUGCGGCAGGACCUGGAGAGAGUUAGAAAUCUGUGCUACAUGGUGACAAGGCGCGAGAGAACGAAACACGCCAUCUGCAAACUCCAGGAGCAGAUAUUCCACCUGCAGAUGAAACUUAUUGAACAGGAUCUGUGUCGAGAGCGGUCUGGGAGGAGAGCAAAGGGCAAGAAGAGCGACUCGAAAAGGAAAGGCCGCGAGGGUCCGAAGGGCAGCCCCGAGAAGAAAGAGAAAGUGAAGGCAGGGUCCGACUCAGUCCUGGGGCAGCUUGGCCUGUCCACUUCGUUCCCCAUCGACGGCACCUUCUUCAACAGCUGGCUGGCACAGUCGGUGCAGAUCACGGCAGAGAACAUGGCCAUGAGCGAGUGGUCGUUAAACAAUGGGCACCGCGAGGACCCUGCUCCGGGGCUGCUGUCGGAGGAGCUGCUGCAGGACGAGGAGACGCUGCUGAGCUUCAUGCGAGACCCCUCACUGCGACCUGGAGACCCUGCCAGGAAGGCCCGUGGCCGCACCCGCCUGCCUGCCAAGAAGAAACCACCACAGGAUGGGCCCGGUUCACGGACGACUCCAGACAAAACCCCCAAGAAGCCCUGGGGCCAGGAUGCUGGCAGUGGCAAGGGGGGUCAGGGGCCACCUGCCAGGAAGCCACCACGGCGAACGCCUUCUCACCUGCCAUCCAGUCCUACGGCCGAGGACUGUCCCAUCCCAGCAGCUCCCGAGAGCCCCCCACCGCUGGCCCCCGAGACCCCGGACGAGGCAGCCCCAGUGGCUGCCGAUGCCAGUGUCCAAGUGCCUGGCCCUACGGCGAGUCCCAAGCCCUCAGGCCGGCUCCGGCCGCCCCGAGAGAGCAGGGGAACCCGGAGAUCGCCAAGUGCCAGGCCUGAUGCCGGGACAGGACCGCCUUCUGCUGUGGCUGAGAGGCCAAAGGUCAGCCUACACUUUGACACAGAGACUGAUGGCUACUUCUCUGACGGGGAGAUGAGCGACUCAGAUGUGGAGGCCGAGGACAGCGGGGUGCAGCGGGGUCCCCGGGAAGCAGGGGCUGAGGAGGUGGUCCGCAUGGGGGUACUGGCCUCCUAAGUCACCCCCUACCCCUGUCCUGGGCCCUGCCCUGGUCCACCCAUGAGGCCUCAGCCCAGUCACAACUGCCAUUUCCAAUCUCUGCUGAGUGUCUCAGACCCUCGAGGCUGCCACUCUGUUGUGGUUUUAUUUUUAAUAUAAAGAGAGUUUCGAAUUCCACACUAUUGUCUUUCCUCUGUGCUGGCCCAGGACAUUAGGAUUCCUUACAUGGCUCUGGCCACAAGGACACCACCAGGUCCUGGGCACCAUCCCUGCCGCGGCAGCAUCCCCGCCCGGCCCAUGCGGUAUUGCUGGGCUCCUGGCUACACGUAGGCAAGGUGAAGAAGAGCUCAGGACUCCAGCCCGCUGCCACUGGGUGACACAGAGUGUCAUUUGGGCAUUAUUAUGGCAGAUGGGCCAGCCCAGGGCCUGUCCCUCCUUGCCCCCAAAUCCCACUGGGGUCCAUCUGGGGGGUCCUGCUGCACUCCACUGAUCCCCAAGGAAGUAUGCUAAGUGAUACCCAGCCAGAGUCUACUCACUGUCACAAGCACAACGAGCUUAUACGAGAAAGCACUGAGGGGGCGAAGAGGGCCUGCUGGUUUCAAGGGAACCACAGCCGUUCCUGACCAACCCACAUCAUCUGAGGCCUGCCCACCCACCCCGUGACCCUCCACUCCCUUGCUGCUCUGCCCCUGCCAGUGCCCAGCCCGGCGGCUCUGGGAAGGGCUUCCCAGAAUCCUUCCUGAGCUGUGCCAUUUUCUCAGGGGACUCCCAGCCAGCCAGCCGCCAGUGCCGGCGGAGGGCUGCGAGGGAGGGCCAGUGCCCAGAUAGGGGGGCGUGGGGCUCAGACUCGCCCACUGCAGAGAAUCGCUCUGGGACUCCAACUUCCUUCCUUCCUUCGGGGCCAGUCUCGGCCGAGGUCUGAUCACUCCCACAUAGCUGACCAGACCAGACCACUUGCCUUUUCAAGUUUCCCAGUCCUGCUAAGAGAUGAGCUUCUCCCUCGGUUUCCUUUUGGAAACUCCUCUUUCCAACAAAAGCAGUGGGAUCCCGGGGCCCAGGACGCGUCAGUGACGGCCUGCUGGGGCUGUUUUAAGUCUUGCUGGAUCUUCCUGGUUCCUCUCUCCCUCUGAGCCUUAACCCCCUUUCCCAGCCAUUCCCUCCCUCCCCGCCAUCACUGUCCUGCCUUUCCCACCCCACCCUCUAGGUCCCAGGUAGUAGCUCUGAAGAGUUUCAGUGGAGUGGCCCCAGGGUGACAGCUCAGGGAACAAACAAAAAAAGGAAUUCAGUGAAAACGUGUUUUUCUUUCUUUUAUGAAUUACUCCUGGAUCACUUCUGCCACUGGUAAAGCCAGAACUUCUCCAACAAGAACCUUGCAAAAGUCCAGUGAAUCAGUCGAAUCAUUCUGUGGAUGCCAAAGAA